UUUGCAAUAUAAUCAUGCCGUGGGAACACAUUCCGAAGCAAGAUCACUAUUUGUACACGGUGAAGUGGACUUAGCCGUUCGAUCAGCACCUCCUUCGUCGUCUACUUGCAAAGAGAGAUGAGGUCGCUCCGACGUUACCGCACGUACUUAUAGACGUGCUAGAUGCAUUCAACGACGAUCUCCAGACAAGCUUCCGACUCCUCGAUCUCCACCAGCGCCUGGAGUUCCUUGAGAAACAUUUCUACACGUUCAAAGAAUUGACGAAUAUGCCAGCAACACAAUGGGAUAUGGCGACAAAUCAAAUCCACGCCGUUGACGAGGUUUGGGAGAAAAUAUUUGAGGACAAUUGGCUAGCUCAAGCAUAUCUACGUGCCAGAGAACCCGAGUACAAUGAGAUGUGCAUGUUAUUUGCGCCAAACGAGAUCAAAACGGAGAUAUCACAUACUCUCGUUCUUAUUAGCGACUCCCCUCAAUGCAAGAAGCCUUCUCCGAUCAAUUUGAUUUCAACAUCUCUACAAGAGGAUGAGGUGAAUUCCCCGGCUCCGCCGCCUCCGAAACCCGUCGUCAGGAAACUCAACUUUAACGAAGCUGAUGAUGCAAUGUCCAGUGUGGGAUAUGUUCAGUCUAUAACGCCACACUACUAUGUCCCAUGGCCGAAGUUGGAAAGUAGGCUUCGUUAUCCAACAAUUGAGAAUGCAUCUGCUACUCGUAAGAAACCAGCGGCGGCGAAGGAUGUUGUUAGUCCGCGUGUUGGUUAUGACAGCUCUUGCGCAUCGUCGUCACCGUUUAAGUAAAUUUUAAAGUCUUGUUCUUGUUUGCGUGGAAGUAUUGCUGCUCUAGUAACUUAGGUAUAUUAUUAACGAGUAAUUAUCCCAUGUCUAGUGUUACAUGGAAGAUGGGCGUUCAUCCCAUGGCCAUAGAUAUAAGGCCUUAUUUUGAAAAAUUAU